GGACUUGGCUUCUCCAUUCUUUAGGACGCCCCUUGUACUGUGAGCGACCAGGUGCGUGUAGUGUACGGUAAUGGAGGGAGCUGUAUGCCCCGCGGAGUGGAUAUCAGGACGCCGACCGGUCGCCUGGCAAGCUUUCUCCUGGACGAGAAGUGCACCAAGCUGACACUCACAGAGAACGCCGUGCUCACCAAGGUCCUUCCCCAUCCCUCCCUCCUCAGAACCAAGCCAAUCACGAUCACCGGCAAGUGCCCUCGGUCUCCCGGCGGAAGAUGCGUGAUCGACGGCCAGGGGAAGUUUACGGCCUUUGUCUUCCCCGUGCACGUGACGAUGGAGAACAUCGAAUUUCGGCGCGCAGCUCUGACAGCCGUGAAGGCGGAUGGCGGCUUCGUUGGCAGGAACCUUGUCUUUGCACGAAAUAGGCGGCCUGUCAACUUCGACGUCUCUCCGAACGACGCCCCUUAUACGGCGAGACUGUGCAUUUCUGGAAACUUCACUAUUUCAGACUCCACCUUCAGUGAAAACGCUGGUUACUCUGCGUUUGUGCUUGGCACCUCCGAAGGCGACACAUUCACGAGGGGAGUUAUCUCAAAAUGCACGUUCAGUAAGAAUGUGGCGGCGCGCAUUGGCGAUGCAGUGAGUUUGGGUGGGGAGAGGAGCAAGACUUCGUACUGCGUGGCGGACUCGACUUUCAUGGGGAACACGGCCGCCCAGCGGGCCGCAAUCGACGCAAGUAACGGGCAGGUGCAGAUUGUUCGUUGCACUUUCAAGAACAACAAAGCGACCGAGUUCUUUGCUGGAGCAGUUCUUAUUGAGAAGUACGAGAAGUUUUCCCUUUGCAACUGCCAGUUUUCUGAAAACACUGCCAAGGAGAGCAACAACAGCAAUCUCUUUGUGUCCCAGGUAACCACAAUACCGGCGCAACUCUGUUAUGCGGCUUUCUGCCCUGCUCAACCUCCUCUAACGGAAUUCAACUGCAACUUCAACGGCGAUCGAGACGAACCGUUCCCUUGUUUCCCGAUCACGAUCGGAGGGCCAGGAUGUGCUGUUUGUCGUUAGCCGAUACUUACAACAGCGAGAGAGUUAACUUACAACAGUGAGAGAGUUAGGCAGCAGGUGGUAGGGGAUUUGCACGCGGGAUGUCGAGAGCCAAUAAGGAGUACUUAGAGUCUCGGUGGCAUAUAGACUUUAGAAAGUUCAAUUUUCGC